AUGAAUGAGCAUGUAUUACUCUGGUACUCCUCCGAUUCCGAUUCCUCGCAGCGUGCCGCCACUUCUCCUGCUCGUGGCAGAGGCGGACGCACUUCCGGUCGCGGCUUCCGUCGUGGCUCCUCCGUUCGCGCUCCACCUGCUCCGAACUCUGCACCGCGUCCCUCCGCUGCACCGGCUCCGCGUCCCUCCGCUCCACCCUCCACUCUACCUGCUCCGAACUCUGCUCCGCGUCCCUCUGCUCCACCCUCCGCUCCACCUCGUGACAACUGUCUGCGUCCCUCCGUUAUCACCUCCCGCGGUCGCGCCCCUCCUCGCUGUCCCCGGUUCCACGAUUAUGAUUCAGAUGGAUUGAUGAAAGAUGAAUCUGGAAGAGCAUUGCCCGGCGAUUAUGGCUUUGAGGGCUACAACAUUGAAGAGCGUUCCGACUCUGACGCCGGAGAGUGA